GUAGUCUAAUCUAGUUCUAAUUUAAAGGUUCCAUUAGGUCCCGAGUGCGAAGACAGGAUUGAAAUUCAAGAAAUUUUUUUAAAAAUAGACUUGAAAAUAAAAUAUUACGUUAUCUGAUUGCAUUUCAUUUGAAAUAAUCAUUUGUUCAGUUUAUUUGGACGUAUAAACAAUUUUUCUCCAUUUGAUUCAUUACUUGGAACACCAAGGAAUCUCGGUGGUGUUACAUGCAAGUUGCAUGAUGCAACGAACUGAGUGAAACGCACGAAAGUCAAACGACAGCGCAACGGUCAUGUCGGUCAUGUGAAUCGGUGAGAUAAAGCCAAAAAAUAAACAUGAAUAUGAGCCUGGAAACGAUAAUUAAGAAGGUACCCGGAAACCUACCUCCUCCUUCGAAAAGAGAAAAUCAAGGAUAUGUUGACGAUUUAGGAAGGAAGGCUAAAUUUGAAUUGGAAGAAUUGUUAAAUAGGCAAAAUAAAAUUCUUAGUAAUAAGGCAUUUAUAUCAAAACUUCCAGAUAAGGGAGAAAAGAUUAUAGAUUUCCGUAGUAAAAUAUUAAAGGAAUUGGAACGAAGAAAUGAAAUUGAAGAUGCAGCUAAUCUUCUGUCUAGAUUAAAUAUAGCUUCUGAAGGUAAAGCUGCUAUGCAUGAAUUAGAAUGGACCGGCGAAUAUAAUGAAAGGAAAAAUACUGCUAGAGUUGUUGAACUUGAUAGCGAUGACGAAGAAGACCCUUUGAAAAUAUUGGCACAACCUACAGGAUCUGGAGUUCAUAAAAAGAAAGUUAUAAAUUUACCACCAGAAGAAAGUUUGAUCAAGCCUGAAGACUUAGCAGAAAUAGAAUCUUUUAAAGCACAACCUGCUGAGCAUGUCUCAUAUAUUGUUAACAAAAUAGAAAAAUCUCCCGAUGAAAAGGGUAACAAGAGAGAAUCGUUUAAGCCAUAUAAAACAACAAAAUCUAAUGUACACGAUCCGGAAAAAGAAAAGCAAAGAAAGUACAAUAAGCAUUGGGAAGUUACAGCAGCCACACCUCCGUUUAUAGUCCACGGUGCAGUGAAGGUGAUAAAUUUAAACGAAUCUCUGAAAUUACAAAAGGAACAAGCUGAGAAACUUCAGGAAAUUCAGUCUAAACAUGCGGCAGAAAGAUUAGCUGAACAGCUUGGACUGCACAGUAUUAAUCCAGUGAUUGGGAAUUUAGGUAGUUACCGUCUACGAGAUGAAAAGGAAUCCAAUUCUUCAGGUUCAGAAAAUGAGGAAGAGCACGAAGUGCAUGACGACGAAGAUAAUGACCAAAGGGGAACAGUUGUUUUCACAGUAGAUAGUAUAGAGAGUUAAUUUAUUUUCUACUACUAUAUUAUGUAAAUACAAUUAUAAAUAAAUUAAUAAACGUUAAAAAUUGCAGAUA